GCGAAUCGGUGCCGCAAGAACAUCGCCGCCCGCCUGGCCAAGAUGCAGUCUGCCGAUGACGAGAGCGACGACGGUGACCAAUACGUGCUCGUGAAAGGUUGGGCGUUCAGGGUUCCAGACAGCUGCCCCGCCGCCUCGGUGGUCAGCAGCAAGAUUGGGGCUGCGGUGUACGUGUGGGGCGACGGCGACAGAUGGAUGAGCGACCAGCUGUACACAGAGGCGGCCAGGUGCGACCCCAACAUCAAAAAAGCGCCCGAGGUUGCGCCCGAGGUGCCAGCGGCGGCCGCCUCAGCCAAGGAGGGCGCGGCGGCCAAGAGCGCGGCGGCCGGCCCGCAGACGGCCAAGGAGGGCGCGGCGGCCAGCCCGAUGGCAGCCAAGGAGGGCGCGGCGGCCAAUGGCGCCUGGGGCGCG